AUGGAAGGUAACAGAUCCAGGCCAUGGUACGCUGGGAAGAAUGAAGAAUGCGUCUGGGUGGGGUGGUAGACUGGGAGCGAGGGGAUUGAUGUUAAUUGAGUUUCUGGAAUUUUGGAUGAGCUGACUGGUUAGAAACAACCCUAAUGGGGGCGUAACAGUGAGCUCACCAACUAUAGCCUGACAAACAGGCACUAAUGGACAUCGCACGUAGUUUGUGAAGUCAUCAGUAUAAUGGCAAAGUUUGUGUGGCUGUGAGACUCAUGUUUCUUCCUCCUCUUUCCUGUUUUGCAGGCUACUUCAACGUGUUGGCAGUGAUUCUGAGAACAACGAAUGAUGCGCCAUGGGCCAACGAGUUUGAAUGUAAGAGUCAAUAGAGAUGUUGUAAUGUAUACACCGAUGUGCUUGACUUUGACAUGACACUAAAGAACCAGAACCAGACAACAUCCAUCCUUGGGUUCUUCCUUUUGAAAACCUUGCAUCUAAUUUCCUCUCGUCUCGUCUGGCAGCUAUCGAAUUGUCCUGUUUGAUAGAGUCCAUCUCUACAAACGACCCCAGAAUCGAAUGGAAGAAAAUUAAGGAUGGGGAGCCCAGUUAUGUCUACUUUGAGAAGAAGAUCUCAGGUAACGGACUCAACUGAGUGCUUUGUCUUAAUGGCAUCUUCACUAAUAUCUCUAACAUCAAUAUCAAUGUGACACAAAGGGACAAAACCCACCCACAAAAUUCUGAUCAUCUUACAGACACAAACAACUCCUGCUUUACAAACAGCAGUUCUCUGACUAAUGAGGGAAUGACAUUCUGUUCUAUGCUCAUCAGCGUGUUUUUUUCUCCUGCAGGAGAUUUGGAGGGCAGAGCAAGGAUCAGAGAGCCUGCAACAUUAGUGAUCACCAAUGCCACAAGAUCAGACUCAGCCAGUUAUCGUUGCGAGGUCACCGCCCCAAUUGACCAGAAAACCUUUGAUGAGAUUUUGAUCAACCUCGUCGUAAGAGGUAGGUAUAUCAUCCCUCCGAGCCGCUUCAGCUCACGUCUACUCAACACAUCACCAGCUUUUUGCACCAUAAUCACAUAAUUAGUUGUAUUACUAAAGUAAACAGUGGUAUAUUAUUGAAGCCAGAACAAAUGUAAGACGAUACACCCACACAAAGAUGCAUCACCCUGACGCUAUGACUGAAAUUGCAUGUUUGGGGAAGGGAGAAUUGCCACUACCUAGCUCAAAUUGUAUGUUUGCCAAGUCAUUUGCGAUGCAAUUCUUUAAUGCAUUCAUCAUUUCACUACCAAAAUAUUUGCUGUUAGUCUUAAACCUUACUUUCGAAAGUUGCUAUGAAGCAUAACAUACAAAACACAAUGAACGUUUUCAUUGUCCCUAAAAACAGCCAUAUCAGCUUACAGGAAAUAAUUUCCUCAGUUUUACUAAAAUGAAGCUGCUUUAGAGGUUGAUACUUUCAAUGCUGUAAGCUGAAACCGUGUUGUAGGUCACACCAACUCUUUGGCACACGUAUGAGGAUGCGUUGUGACUGGCCCGUCCCUGCCCCAAAGGCGUGUUCUGGGCUAUAUGGGGAAACCUCUGAAACUGCAUCCCUGCUAAAUCGCAGCGCUAAAGAUGGAAAGUGUGUUUGGUUGGCAGGAUUUGGCACGGGGCAAAAGACGCGUACCCAUUCUCGGAGGUCAUUCAUUGGCCUAGUAACUAUAGCCGAAUGUGUUUCAUGGGCUGUGCUGUUUUUGACACAAUCAGAUGCUGAAUGUUGCCAUUGCUGAAUGUGUGCUUGUGUCCACAGUGAAGCCAGUGGUGCCAAAGUGUGCUGUCCCCAAAUCGGUGCCCGUAGGGAAGGCGGCGGAGCUGCGCUGCGUAGAGGACGAAGGAUUCCCCAAGUCUCAGUACCAGUGGUUCCGCAACAAGGAGGAGAUCCCCGAUGACCCCAAGACUAGCCCCAAGUUCUUCAACUCCUCCUACACGCUCAACGCCGAAACUGGCACCUUGGUGAGUGUGUGUUUUUGUGUGAGGACUGGGAGGGAAGGGGACUCUAGGGCAGGGCGAGGCUGUGGGGGUAGGGGCGGAUAUUUUGGGGAGACAGUUGAUGGUGUGCGGGGGAUUGAGCCAUGAGGGGAAUUUGCUGUCCUGGUUGGCACAUUCCUGAACUCUCUCUCCCCUGCUCAGCCAGACACAGUCAAUGGCUCGCCCCCGGGCCCUCCACUCAACCUUCACACUAGCCUCUAAAGGUUGGCCUGGCUGUCACUGACAUACUUCCAGGGAGUCACACCCUACUACAUGCUACACCGGCCCCUUUAACUUGAAGACCACAUUGACAUUUUAAAAACUGUACAUGUUUACAUGUGCAUUUGUUUGAUUUACAAUGGCAUAGGACCCAUAAAAAGUAUAAUCUAAACUGAAAUUGAGAUUUUUCACUACAAAGUCCAAAAAUAGUCUGGACUAAGUUAUUCAAAAUUCAAAUUAAUUUGGUUGGAGGCAAUGAUUCACAUUUACUGUGUAAUUUCUAAACUGUGGUGAGUUGCAGGUGCCUAAAGGGUAAAAAUAACCAGUCAACCAGUUUUGAAAAGAAAAAAUGGAACAUUCUGCUCCAUUGCACUCCAUUGUAAAGUGCUAAGGUUGCCAAUAUAUUUUACAGCAUCUGUACAUACACCAGAACAAAAGGACACCGGUUAUACUGUUGUUGGUUUUUCCUCUGCAGAAAUUCAGUGCUGUCAGAAAGGACGACUCAGGAGAGUACUUCUGCCGAGCAAAGAACGACGCGGGUCACUCAGAAUGUGGACCGCAGACAAUGGAAGUCUGUAAGUCUGUUUGACAGCUGACAAAGUUGUACACAAGUUACACAACACACUAGGGUUGGGCGGUAUCCAGAUUUUCAUACCGUCAUACCCUUUCUGUACCAUACCAGUGUAUACGGUAUUACCGAAUUUGCACACAAGGGGCACCAUAAAUACAAUAAAAAAACACGCACAAAACAAUUUAGACAACAGGGAUCUUGAUCCAGGAGGGGAUUGAAUGUCUCUGCUGUAACCAAGAAGCUUGAUCUUGACAUCUAGCUACUUAGCUAGAAAGUUAACAAACCAAAUGCAUAGCUGGAGCCCUGAGCUGGAUAUAAUUUAUUUGACACAUCGUAGAUUUCAUAUAGUUAUACUUAACUUAUAGUUAGUUAUAAGCAGUGGCUUAAAAAUGGUAUUGAAAAUCAUACUGGCGGUAUUCCGAAAUACCCCAGUAUACGGUAUAUUGCCCAAUCCUACAUGUUGAAGCAUGUUAUUCCAGUAGUCCGGUAUUUCCUUCAUAAAGAGCCAGUUGAAGAUAUCUCAACUUAAAUUCUUCGUUUUUCCUGUUGUUUCUCCCCAGAUGACAUCAACAUUGCCGGGAUCAUCCUGGGAGUGCUGGUGGUGGUGGUGGUGCUAUUGUGUAUAACAGUGGGCAUCUGCUGUGCGUACAAGCGAGGCUAUUUCGUCAGCCAGAAACAGACAGGAAACAAGUGAGUGAGACUUCCUCUUGAGCAGCGCGGCAAUGGGUCAUGGCUCAUUGAGGUUUAACAUUUGCCGAUUUAGACCUUAUGAACAGCCUUGACUUCACAACUUGACCUGGUCAACUCACAACCAAAGGUUUUAUAACAUGCAUGGAACAAUUCUUAUGUGUUGUUUUUGCAACAACAUAAAUGCCUUCUGAUCAUGUCUACAUUGUGUCUGACAGUUACAAAGCCCCAGCCAAAGGAGACGGAGUGGACUACGUCAGGACAGAGGACGAGGUGCGUAAAGAAAAAACUAAAAAUAAUUAUUGAACUCAAAAAAGUAAAACUAGGCAGUCCAACUUUUUCCUUACUUGCUCUUCCCUUUUUAUUCUAGGGCGACUUCCGACACAAAUCUUCGUUUGUCAUCUGA